AUGGACUACUUUGAGCGAGAGGUGUUUGGUGCAGAGGCAUCGUUCCAACUUAGCUUCGUGAGCACACUGAUUCUAUUUUAUGUCGCUAUUAGUGCAGCACUCGUUCGGGUCAUUGAACUUUUCAUCAGCAUGAGAACAGGAUUCCUAGUGGGUGGUCUUUUGGUUUCAGGGGGAUUGGCAGCAGCUGGCUCGGCUACUCAGGUUUGGCAGGUCAUUUUAUCCAUUGGCGUUUGCAUGGCUCUUGGAAAUAGCUUCAUCUACAGUACUGGAUCUCGUAUUGUGUUGCCAUGGUUUACCGCCAAGAGAGGAUUGGCAAUGGGCAUAAUAGCAAGCGCAACAGGCUUGGGUGGUCUCAUUGUACCAUUCAUUGUACAUGGCAUCAUUGAAACAUUGGGAGGGCCAUGGAUGCUUCGUAUACUGAGUAUGGCUUGGUUUGUCAUUUUCGUUACUGCCUAUGGCUUAAUUCGGGAGCAUGAGCAAUCCAAGACAAAGCCCACCGGACUCAGAGGUAUCCUGAAGUGGUCUCUUUUUAAAAACCUACCCUUUUCUUUAUGGUGCGUUUCUGGUUGCUUCCAAGUAAUCCAUUGCUUUCUCGUACCAUUCACUUUACCAGUUUAUGCAACCAGCAUUGGAUUAUCAGCAAAACAAGGCACCGAUAUCAUCUCUGUAACCAUGGGCUGCAACUUUGUUGGAAGACUUGCAGCAGGGGUCAUUAGCGACAAAAUUGGCAGCAUGAAUUGCAGCAUUAUCUUUGGAGCCAUCACAGCUUUCUCAACUUUACUUUUAUGGGUGUUUGCUCACAGCUACGGUACAUUGAUGGCCUAUGCUUGUAUCUUUGGCUUCUUUGGUAGCGUUUAUUUCGUGUUUGCUGGACCUAUCACCGUUGUCAUUGUUGGUUUAGAACAAUAUCCUUCAGGAUUUGCACUAUUGACUCUCGCAGGUUUCCCCGCAGCGCUUUCUCCCAUCGUUGCCAAUGCAAUCGACCAUGCUGUACAACAAACUGAACCCUAUUUUUGGUAUAAAAUCAUUACCGGUGGAGCAGCUUUAUUAUCAACUUGUAUCCUGCUAGCUGCUCGUUGCCUGUUAAAGCCUGGAGAGCUAUGGGUUAAAAUAUAG